CGUUCUGGCGGUGACUACUUCCGCGUUCCACACCUCCCUCUCUUCUUCCAGCAGCAUGGAGCCGCUGUGGAAAUAAGUUUCAUGUGAUUGAGAACGUAAAAGGAGAAACAUCGAGAUCGAGGCGUGGAACGCAGAGACAGGAAAUACAAGAGAGGCAUGAGAGAUACUGGAGAUAUGGAAGAGAACAGGGGGAGAGACAAAUAAUCCGGAGACGAGUGGUAUUGCUGUGAAAAGAAGUCCAGAUGGAUACAACACAAUAUUUGGAGGAGCCAUCUCAGAUAACUGAAGAAAUGAAAAGUUGGAUGGAGAAGGCUUUUCAGAUGGCCCAAGAUGCUUUGGACAAUGGUGAAGUCCCUGUUGGAUGUCUCAUGGUAUAUGAUAAUCAGCUUGUAGGACAAGGAAGAAAUGAAGUUAAUGAAACAAGGAAUGCUACACGCCAUGCAGAAAUGGUGGCGGUUGAUCAGGUUCUGGACUGGUGCAGGAAGAAUGCCAAGAAUUCCGCACAGGUUUUUGAAAACACAAUUUUAUAUGUGACAGUUGAACCGUGCAUCAUGUGUGCUGGGGCUCUGCGUCUACUCAGAAUUCCAUUGGUGGUAUACGGUUGCCACAAUGAACGAUUUGGUGGAUGUGGGUCCGUUCUGAAUGUGGCUGCAGAUGACAUUCCAGCUACAGGGGUACAAUUUAAGUGUAUUAAAGGAUACAGUGCUAAGAAAGCAGUGGAAAUGCUGAAAACCUUCUAUAAGCAGGAAAACCCUAAUGCACCAAGACCAAAGGUUCGCAAAAAAGAGUAACCAUCAACCGAAAGAUGUAUAACCGUUGCUUUGUAGCUGCAAUGCAGCAUCGCACCACCAGUAAAAUGUUCUAUUCUUGAUGAGCAGAAGUGUAUAAUCUUAUCACCUCAUUAGGAGCUACUGGCCCAAGCUGCCUACUUGGCAGAUUAACAAGUGUUUUUUUGAUUAGGAAAAAAUCUGCCUACGAUCAUUAAACUCAUAUUUUCAUGUUUCUGAUAUAAAGAAACUUUGCGCGUGUUUUUAUUUUAUUUAUUUUUUAUAGUAUGUCUUGUGCUUGAAAAGCCGAUUUUAUGUUCUGCAUAUAAAGCAUCCUCAGUAAUACAAAGCAGACCAGAAGAGGUCAGCACAGCUACAAGCACACACAGUAGUACAGAGAAAACGUAUUCCUAGAUGCUACACAUUCCUAUCCUGAAGUGAACCAUGUAGUAUGCUUUAACUGUUCAGCAAUA